ACGUCCACACCCUUCCAGGUCGCUCCAACCCCCCGCUCAUUGACCUUUUGUGUUUGUACUAACCAAAAUUUCCUCUUUUGCUCUCUUGUUACUCUCCCGUUAGGUCUUUAAGAUUCUCUUUCAAUCUUUCAUCCAAAACCCAUCUUCUCUUCUCCGAUUAUCCACAUAUGGAGCAGGCUGUUCUCGAUGAUAUAAUUCAGAGGCUGCUUCAAGUUAGAGGCAAACCUGGUAAACAGGUGCAACUCACUGAGCCAGAAAUCAAGCAACUUUGUGUUGCUUCUAAAGAGAUUUUCUUGCAACAGCCUAAUUUGCUGGAAAUCGAAGCGCCCAUAAAGAUUUGUGGUGAUGUCCAUGGUCAAUAUUCAGAUCUUCUACGUCUUUUUGAGUAUGGCGGAUUACCUCCUGAAGCCAAUUACUUGUUCCUUGGUGAUUACGUUGACCGAGGCAAACAAAGCCUAGAGACAAUAUGUCUUCUCCUCGCGUACAAAAUAAAAUACCCAAAUAAUUUCUUCCUCUUACGUGGUAACCAUGAAUGUGCUUCAAUAAACCGUAUAUACGGAUUCUAUGAUGAAUGCAAAAGAAGAUUCAAUGUGAAAUUAUGGAAGACCUUUUCAGAUUGCUUCAAUUGCUUGCCUGUGGCUGCUCUCAUUGAUGAAAAGAUUUUGUGUAUGCAUGGUGGCCUUUCACCUGACUUAAAUAAUCUGGAUCAAAUAAGAAACUUAAGAAGGCCUACUGAUAUACCCGAUAGUGGUUUGUUAUGUGAUCUUUUGUGGUCGGAUCCUUGUGUUGAUGUUAAGGGUUGGGGUAUGAAUGAUCGUGGAGUUUCGUAUACUUUUGGUGCUGAUAUUGUCACUGAGUUUUUAGAGAAACAUGAUCUUGAUCUUGUUUGUCGUGCUCACCAGGUGGUGGAAGAUGGGUACGAGUUUUUUGCUAACAGACAACUUGUAACUGUGUUUUCUGCACCAAAUUAUUGUGGGGAAUUUGACAAUGCAGGGGCUAUGAUGAGUGUCGAUGAGACUUUAAUGUGCUCUUUCCAAAUCCUAAAACCUGCAGAAAAGAAGAACAAGUUCAAUUCUUCUGGUAUUACCCUUUUUGGGAGCACCACCACAGCUAAACCCGGAAACACCCCACCAGGAGUCAAGUUUAUGGGUUCAAGAGUAUGAGAUUUGUGGCAAAGUUUGAGGCAUGAACAAUGUAAUGCUGAAGAAAUAUAGAUUUCUAGUCUCGGUGAUGGUUGUACUUUAGUGAUACAAAAGUAUAUUGUUGUGAUUUGUGAUCCCAUUGCGUAAAAAUAAUGGGAAGACCAAUGUUUUUGACAUUUGAUAGUUAUGGGAACAAAUUAUAAGAAAACAAGCUUCUACCCUA